AUGCGGCUUUCAUGCCGUUUCUAUCUAACACGCGACGACCUCUCCACCCUCCUUGACAGCGAGCUUGGGGACCAGAGUUUUGCGUCUCGUGCAGAUUCGGGCUGGGAACGCAAAGGGGAUGACGUGGCUGAUGAUGAUUGGUCGCUGUACCCUGAUUUGGGUGAGAGAUCCCCACUGCUGCGUCUGCUGCAGCAGCACAACCGGGACACGGCCGACUGGCUUCAAGACCUGGACAGGCGGCUAGAGAGGGAUGCAGCACACCUCAACACCGUACUCGACCGAGCCAUACAGCAACUGAGCGAGGAGAGGGAUAAGGCAGACUCUCAGGCAACGGUGGUGGAUCAAGCGACAGCAGACGCGAUUCUGAGGGUUCCCAGCGUAGAGACGGCGUCUGCGGUUCUAAGGGACAUGCAGGCAACCACUGUUGACCUGAGGAAGCUUGCAGAGAAAGAAGGGCGGGAGCGGGAUAAGGGGAGAGUAGGGGCGAACGGGGAGGGAAAGGAGGGGAUGGAGGGGGAGAGGAGAGGAGAGGCGGGAAGGAGGGGAGAGGGGGAGAGGAGGGAGGAGGAGAAAGGGCCGCUUGUGGAGUGUUUGGAGCUCUACACUCGAGCUCAGGGGCUUGAGAAGAGGUUCCAUGGAGCCCUGCAGAUCUACCAGCAAUGGGACAGAGAAGUGGCAGUGAGGCAGUUCAUGCUGGGGCGGCUCAAGGAAUUGGACGGGUACCGCCCGCUGCUGAAAGAUCUGAGGAUCAGUGCUGCCCAGGCCAACGCCACCGCUGCGGCCAUGGACGCUAAAAACCGGACCUACCUGGGGAUGGACCUACCUGGGGAUGGACCUACCUGGGGAUGGACCUACCUGGGGAUGGACCUACCUGGGGAUGGACCUGGGGACGGACCUGGGGAUGGACCUGGGGAUGGACCUGGGGACGGACCUGGGGAUGGACCUGGGGAUGGACCUACCUGGGGAUGGACCUACCUGGGGAUGGACCUGGGGACGGACCUGGGGACGGACCUGGGGAUGGACCUGGGGAUGGACCUGGGGAUGGACCUGGGGAUCAAUAAGAAGAGCCUUGAAGCCUUUCGCGUGUGA